AUGAAUCUUGAUCAAGUAAAAAAAGAAUUUUUAGAAAAAUUAAAAACUUAUCCAUUUGAAACAGAUGAAGAAGCUUUAUCAUGGGGUAUCACAGAUUAUAAACUUAAUUAUGCUAGUAAACCUAUACCUCUUGAAACACCAUUUUGUAUCCAACCGAAAAAAGUAAAUAAAAAAAUGGCAAGUACAUCUGAAAUAUUAGAAAAUGAUACAAUCUUUUCUGAAUCUACAGAAGAUGAGUAUUCUUCUACUGAUGAAAUAUAUCAUGAUGAUAUUGUUAUGAAUAUUAAUUUAAGUAUUAAGAGUAAAUUAAUUAUUGAUUCUUGUAAUUUAACAAUUAAUAGAAGUAAAAAAUACGGAUUAGUCGGUAGAAAUGGAAUAGGAAAAACUACUUUUUUAAAAAAUAUUAAAAAAAGGAAAUUUGGUAUACCUAGAGGUAUUAAAAUAUACAUGAUUGAACAAGAAUGUAAUCUUGAUAUCACAGUACUAGAACAUGUGGGAGAGAAUGGUGGUCGUAUUUUAUCAGGAUUUGGGUUUACAAAAGAAAUGUUUAAUUUUAAUUUAAAAGAUCUUAGUGGUGGCUGGCGUAUGAGGGCCCAUCUAGCAAAGGCCAUAAAUAUAAAUCCUGAUUUACUUUUAUUAGAUGAACCCACUAACUAUUUGGAUAUUAAUGCCCUAAAUUGGCUUGAAAAACAAAUAAAAGAUCUUAAGACCGUUAUUAUUGUCUCGCACGAUAGAACAUUUCUAAAUAACGUAGUCGACGAAAUUUUACAUUUAAAUGACUACAAGAUUGAUAUUUACAAGGGAAAUUACGACGCAUUUGUAGCACAGAGAAAUAAUCGAUUGUUACAGUUGAAAAGAGAAUAUGAAAAUCAAUUAAGACAGAGAGAGCAUUUGCAAAGUUUUAUCGAUAGAUUUAGAGCUAGUGCUGCAAGAGCAGCACUAGCGCAAUCUAAAAUUAAACAACUGGCCAAAAUGCCACCACUUAUUCCUCCUAAAAAAGAUCCUAUUAUUAAAUUUACCUUUGAUUGUACAGUGUGUAAAGGUAUUCUAGUUGAAAUGCGUGAUGUAAAGUUUUCGUAUGUACAAGGUAAGCAGAUUUUUGAAAAUGUUACUAUUUCUAUAACUAAUAAAUCUAGAAUAGUAGUAGUAGGUGCUAACGGACAAGGUAAAUCUACAUUUUUAAAGAUGUUAACUAAUAAUUUACAGAAUUGUGAUGGUUAUAUUAUUAAAGCUUCAUCACUCCGUGUCGGAUAUUUCGCACAGCAUCAUGUAGACAAUCUAAAUAUUAAUGAAAAAGUUUUAGAUUUAAUGCUUAAGAAAUAUACGUUGGAAGAAAGCAAGCGUUCGUUGGCGAAUUUCGGUUUAAAUGUAGAUAAUCAAAGAAUAGGUACUUUAUCAGGCGGACAAAAGAGCAGGUUGACUAUGGCACUUAUAAAUGGUCUUAAGCCCAACUUAUUGGUGUUUGAUGAACCUACUAAUCAUCUUGAUAUGGAAUCUAUAGAAGCAUUGGCUGAAUGUAUACGAAAGUUUGAGGGUGGUGUAGUUUGUGUUAGUCACGAUCUUAAUUUUGUAAGUAAAGCUUUUUCUGAGGUAUACGUUUGUGAAAAUAAGACACUUAAGUAUUUUAGGGGAAGUGCCGCUGAUUAUAAAGAGAGUAUUAAAAGUUAA